AUGGGACGCGUGUCGCAUGCGUUGAUAGUGUUCGCCGCGCUCAGCUGUGCAUAUGGCCAGCUUGUCAGCGAAAGCGUCCUUGAUGCAUGUCCGGGAUACAAGGCAACGAACGUACUGACUAACAGCAGUACGCUAACAGCAAAUCUCCUCCUGGCUGGUGUGUGCAACGCUUUUGGGCCGGACAUCGAGCAGUUGCUGCUUGAGGUGACAUAUGAGACCAACACGCGCAUACACGUCAAGAUUACUGACCAGACAUCACCGCGAUACGAGGUGCCUGAGUCCGUGCUGCCUCGUCCAACUGCCAAUGCAUCCACGACCUCGGAAAGCGCGCUCAUCGGCUUCAAUUACACAGUUUCACCUUUCCAGUUCUCUAUCUAUCGCAAGUCCACGUCCGAAGUGCUCUUCUCCACCGCGUCUUACCCCCUCAUUUACGAGCCUCAGUAUCUCCGAGUAAAGACAAGUCUACCUGACAAUGCGAACAUAUACGGUCUCGGAGAGAGCACGGAGAACUUCCGUCUUCCCACAGACAACCUUACGCGUACCCUGUGGUCGCGCGAUGCGUAUGGCGUCCCGAACGGCACAAACCUCUACGGAAAUCACCCCAUCUACUUCGAGCAUCGCCUUACGGGGACACAUGGAGUGUUCCUACUGAAUUCGAACGGCAUGGAUAUCAAGAUCAACACCACAGAGGAGGAUGGGACGACGCUGGAAUACAAUGUGAUCGGAGGCGUCCUGGAUUUCUAUUUCCUUGCUGGCAGUGAGACCGAUCCGACCGAGGUAGUCAGGCAGUAUGCCGAAGUGGUCGGCACGCCUGCUGAGGUGCCGUACUGGUCCUUCGGUCUGCAUCAAUGCCGCUAUGGAUACACUGACUUUGUGGAGGUCGCAGGCGUGAUCACCAACUAUUCGCUUGCUGAAAUACCUCUUGAGACAAUGUGGACCGACAUUGACUACAUGUAUAAUCGCCGCAUUUUUACUGUCGAUCCUGACUACUUCCCUUUGCCGAGAAUGCGCGAAAUCAUUGAUUACCUGCAUACACACGAUCAACACUACAUUCUCAUGAACGACCCUGCUAUCGCGUACGCGCCCGACGAGGGCUACAGGACAUUCGAUCGCGGUUCGACAGAUGAUGUUUGGUUGAAGGCAGAGAAUGGCAGCUAUUUCUUGGGAGUCGUGUGGCCUGGUGUGACUGUCUUCCCCGAUUGGUUCAGUCCAUUGGCGCAAUACUUCUGGACGAACGAGUUUCAGCUAUUCUACAAUCCCGAGAACGGCCUGGACAUUGACGGUGCAUGGAUCGACAUGAACGAGCCAUCGAGCUUCUGCGUCUUCCCAUGCAAUGAUCCCUUCGCACAGGCAAGAGAGGGUGAUGAUCCUCCAGCGCGCACCACGCUGCCCCCAGACCCUAACACUCCGAUAUUCGUUAAUUCAAGUUCGGACACAUUGCUGACGAAGAGGCAGUAUGAUAGUAGGGAAAACGUGCUCAACCCUCCGUAUAUGAUCCAGAAUGCUGCGGGCGUAUUAUCUGACAAGACGGCGUAUACCAAUGCGAAGCAUGCUAACGGUUUGAUCGAGUACGACACUCACAACCUCUUCGGAACGAUGAUGUCAGCGGUCACGCACAAUGCCAUGCUGGCGCGCCGACCCGGCCUGCGCACGCUUGUUGUAACGCGUUCGACGUUUGCUGGAGCCGGGACAAAAGUGCAGAAAUGGCUCGGCGAUAACCUGAGCGAUUGGGAGCAUUACCAAAACUCGAUCGCGGGUAUUCUCAGCAUGGCGAGUAUAUUCCAUGUACCGAUGGUCGGUGCCGAUAUUUGUGGAUAUGCCGAUAACACCACGGAGCCGUUGUGCGCGCGAUGGGCCAUGCUUGGCGCAUUCUACCCGUUCAUGCGCAACCACAACACCGUGGGGACCAUCAAUCAAGAGUUCUAUCGCUGGCCAACCGUGGCACAGGCUGCAAAGAAUGCUCUUGAUAUGAGAUACCGCUUGAUGGACUACAUUUACACGGCCUUCCAUCAGGAUCAUCUCGAUGGCACGCCGAUUCUUCACCCCCUGUGGUACAAGUACCCUCAGGACGAGAAUACAUUCGGCAUUGAUCUGCAGUUCCUUUACGGCGACUUCAUCCUGGUUUCACCUGUUACUGAGGAAAACGCGACGUCUGUCAGCAUCUAUCUCCCCGACGACGUCUUUUACGACUUCCUGACGUACGAGCCGGUCCAAGGCAACGCAAGCUACGUCGAGGUCCACAACGUCAACUUGACCUCGAUAUCGAUUCAUAUACGUGGCGGUGCCGUCUUACCCCUUCGUGCGCAGGGUGCCAUGACCACUACUGCCCUCCGAAAGGAGAACUUUGACCUGGUGGUAGCACCGGGGUUUAACGGCGAAGCGUGGGGGACCCUGUACAUGGAUGACGGUGUCUCGAUCACGCCAAAUGCCACAACAGAAGUAAGUAUGGCGUACAAGAACGGCACACUCACUGUCGCAGGCACCUUUGGGUAUGAAACUUGCGUGAAUGUGUCGAGUGUGCUGUUCCUGGGUAUCGACAAAGCUCCAGGAUCUGUACAGGUUAAUGGGCAGGAUGCUGUUUCAGGGACUCACGAUUCAGUCCGUAAAGUCUUCACUGUUCCGAUCAAUCUUCCGUUCGACCAAGACUUCUCUGUAAAACUCUACUAG